GGAGUAUGAAACAAGACAGUUGUGUCCAUGAUUUACAAGCACACAACAAAGAAAUUUAUACUAUCAAAUGGAGUCCUACAGGACCAGGAACAAAUAAUCCAAAUGCCAAUCUUAUGUUAGCAAGUGCAUCCUUUGAUUCUACUGUCAGGUUAUGGGAUGUAGACAGAGGAAUUUGUAUCCAUACUUUGACAAAGCAUCAAGAACCUGUGUACAGUGUAGCUUUCAGUCCUGAUGGCAGGUACCUGGCCAGUGGCUCCUUUGAUAAAUGUGUACACAUCUGGAAUACACAGACAGGUGCCCUAGUCCACAGUUACCGGGGAACAGGAGGGAUUUUUGAGGUUUGCUGGAAUGCAGCAGGAGACAAAGUUGGAGCCAGUGCUUCAGAUGGUUCAGUUUGUGUAUUAGACCUACGGAAAUAGCGCUACUAGUUGGAAGCCAUGGACCGACUAUGAAUGUGUACAUAGCCAAAAUGACUGUCCCUGACCCACGUACUGCUAUAGUCCCAAUUGAACCAUGGCCAGUCCACUACAGCCAAACGUCAAAGAAAUAUAUACAUAUACUGUAUAUAAAAAAAAAAGGAGGAAAAAAAAAAAUUACACCCUGAAGAGGAUGACAGAGUUUUGUCACAGCUUGUGAAUCCUGUUCACCAAGUGCUGGAAUCUGCUGUGCCCCAAAAUAACAUUUAAAGGUUUUGGAUAUGAAAAACAGAAGAGAGAGCGAGAGAGAGAGAGAAAUAUACCGUAUACAAGAGCAGACCCAUAUACAUACAAAUGCAGAAGAUACUAAUGGCAGCCUUCAUUACCCCUUCCCCCCUUUACAUCCAUUAUGACAAUGGAUUGUGGGGUUGUUUUGUUUUCCUUCUCGGUAGUUGAGCAGUUUGUGUGUACAGAGAAAACGGACUUACAUAAAUCUGCAGCAGUAGUUUUUCCUUUGCUUUUAAACAUUGGGGUUUCUGUUUUGUUUUGGUUAAGUUUACGGAUGCAUGAAGUAAGGGAGUGAAUUAGUUUCUCGUUUUAUAUUUUUUUUCACCUUGGGGAAAAAAAAAAGUUUCUUUGAAACAUCUUUUAAUACAUUCUUUGAAGAGGUAGAUUGAACCUGAUAACAUUUGGUACAUUUUGUGGCUCCCAGAGCACAAUUUUGUAAACGGAGGGAGGGUGGAAAAGGGAUUAUGGAGAGAGAAGAAAAAAAGAAAAUCCUUCUUUGAGGCGUGAUGUUUCAUGUCCUGCUCAUCUCCGAAGUAUGACAGUAAUGGGUAUAAUGCUAUGUUUUAUUUUUCUGGUGACAUGGCUGAAAUGCAGUAGUUUCUUAUUUGGGACGUAAUUCUGCCAAACUUAAGAACAGAAGGGCACAAAAACAGGAAAGAAAAACAGGGAUGCAAAAGGAGAAAAAAAAAAAGAGGAAAA